AGCGCAACACUGUGCAGCCAUCCAAAGUUAGCGGAGCCCCGCGUGCGAAGCGUCACACUGACCGCCCGGGCCGCUGCGUCGGGCUGCACCUCACAUCAGUCAGGUGGCUGCCGCUCCAUCACGGUCAUGCUGGAGUGCGCGCGCGUGGAUUGAAGAGCGCGAGGUCCCCACUGAUGCUCAACACCUGCACGUGGCGGAGGACUGCCUCCUUUUUCCUCUGCUCGACCUCCAGCCUCCAGCAGCUCCAUCACUUCGCCCGCCAAGCGAGGGAAAGAGGACGAUGAGCUCCUCUCUGCCCAAAAGCGAGUCCACCACCUCCCUGCUGAGAUCAUCGGGGCUCAACCGCAGGUCCGCACACUCCAGCAGCGCUCCACGAGACCACCGGAGCCACCGCGCUCAGCAUCCCCAGCAUCAGCCCGCCGGAGCUGGAGGCGGCGAGGACGCGGGCUGGACGGAGGAGUGCGAGACGAGCGCGCGGAGACCCCUCUGCCAGCCGAGACACGCGGACCCUCGGAAUCAAGGUGACCACCGCGCGCAGAGGAGCCACCAGUCUCACCGGCAGGCGAGUCACCUGGACGACGCCCAGGAGGACGUGAGGCACAGGACGAGCCGGCACCAGAAGGAGCGCAGCAAGCCCGCCAGGACCAAGCACUCCCAUCACCACCACGACUCCUCCCGAGGUGAGCCGCCUCCUGCAGCGCAUCACCAGGGCGGCUCCCGGCCGGACAGGAGGACCUCUCCGACCCCGUCUUAUCCCAAACAGGCGGACGACGCGGAUUUCUUCUUCGAGCCCAGGGAGAGAGUCAUCAGCGGGUCGUUCUCCAGCCUCAGCUCCGACCCGCCUGCGACCAGCGCCCCGGCGCAGCCUGCAGCCAGCCACAAAUCCAAGAGGCUGAGCGCAACCGCGUCCGAGUACGACUCCAGUCUCCAUCCCAUAGUCAAGUCAGUCUUCGGGCACGACCAGAAGAAGAACUACAAAGCAGUGCAGUCCUGUGAGGAGGGGGGCUCUGGGGGGGCCUAUCUUGAGCCGCUAGUGGCCCUGGCCCAGAACGGAGCCAACAUGCACAACGUACUGGGGCCUGCAUGCAUCUUUCUACGCAAGGGCUUCGCUGAGAGCCGGCAGGCUGACCGAGAGUUGAGGCCCGAAGAAAUGGAUGAGCUUCGUGAAGCAUUCAAAGAGUUUGACAAAGACAAAGACGGGUUCAUCGGCUGUAAAGACCUGGGGAACUGCAUGAGAACAAUGGGCUACAUGCCGACAGAGAUGGAGCUGAUCGAGCUGAGCCAGCAGAUCAACAUGAAUCUGGGAGGACAUGUUGACUUUGAGGACUUCGUUGAACUCAUGGGGCCCAAACUUCUGGCCGAAACCGCCGACAUGAUUGGGGUGAAAGAGCUGAGGGAUGCGUUCAAGGAGUUUGACACGAACGGUGACGGCCAGAUCAGCACAGCAGAACUCAGAGAAGCAAUGAAAAAACUUUUAGGACAACAGGUCGGACACAGAGAUCUGGAGGACAUCCUGCGAGACAUUGACCUAAACGGAGACGGGCAUGUGGACUUUGAAGAAUUUGUGCGGAUGAUGUCUCGAUGAAUUCAGAGCUGACGUUUUAAAACACGACAUGGACUCUUUGUCGGUGUGGGAGGACGAGAAGAGGGACCAGCAUGGACCACUGAAGGUUCUUGAGCUUCUGAACUGUCAGUGAACGAGAAAACAAAAACAUAUCAACCCUGCCCUGAAACUGCCACGCUGAAGCACAAAGGCUGACGACUCCAGCCAGGAGCAACACUGUUGAUUAUAUGCUGCUGCUGUUUCUUAGAGCAUAAACAAAACCAACAGCUGCAUUUCUGACUUUUACAAAGUAUAUUUUGAGAAGCAUAUUUUCCUUAAGUAAUAACAACAUUUCUAAUGCUGGUAUGGCUGUUGUCUCACUGGGAAAUGGGUAUUUAGCACAAAGCCUAUAAUCAUGUUAAUAAAUGUAGCAACUAAGCAGACACAUUUUUCGACUACAGCGGUAUGCCAGCAAACACCCGAACCAAUACAGAACAUUUGUUUUUAUAACGCUGAGGACAUAUUAAGCACAAAUCCAAAAUGGCAAUAUGGAGAUUUUUUUUUCAUGUGAUCCUGUCAAAGCUGUGUGUUUGUGUUUUGUGCAUACUGUUGUUUCUCUUAACCUAACACUGUAGGUUUAUUAUGUCUCUCAAGGCUACUGUCCGACCCUGGUUAAGGCAAGCCAAUAUUUGUUUUGUAAUGAUGUGUAAUGUAGCACUGAUGCUGUUCUUCUGACUUUAUUAACAUUAUGCCUAUCUUACUGUGAUAUAUAUACAUAUAUAUGUAAUUUUCAGUGUGCAUAAGACUCCUUCAACUGCAACAAUACUUGAAGGAAAUCCUCUCUAGGUACAGUGAGUUGACUACUGUGAUAGGCCUUUUUUUUAAUUACAUGUAUGUUUUACUUAAAUCUCAACACUGCUCUGCAAGAAUACAGGCAGAGUUUGACGGAUCAUCCUUAGGUAGAUGGCCGAUGGAGCGUCAAAACUAUACAUGAAAGAGAGGUUCUGUUAACGCUUUAAUUUUUAUUGGAGAGCUUUGAUAAAUGUUGUUGUCUAAACGGGCCUUUGUGAGUCUACUGAGUCUACCGAACAGUCCUGAAGUGAUUUUCACUUUGGUACAACAUUUACACUUUUAACUUCGAUACCUCAAAAUGAAUUGAACAAUCAACCUCAUCCACAAACUGCCCCUAUAGUAUAAAUCUCUAAGACCAAUUUCUUUACCCUCUUACCUUCAUGAUCUAUAUUUGUAAAGAAGUAGAAUUAGCUUCUUUAUGCAAAAAGCCAAAGAAAGUUUACAAAAAUUUAUUUGAGUCUUAUUCAGUGUCGUAAGUGUACGCAGCAUGCUUUUUGAAAAUACGACCCGUAGGGUUAUAUUCUCAAAAUGGCUGCUUGAAAUGCUGGUUGGUUCCCGGGGCAGCUAAAUCAAUAGGUUGACUGUUUCAAAAUGGACAUGGGGGUAUUCAGUAUGCAUGCUAUAAAGUCAAGGUGUUCUUCUAAAGGGAAAUCUUACUUUGUCAUUUUACUUGUCUUAACUGUGUGAAACUAUGCAUGCAAGAAACAACUUCAAUUUGUAGCAGAAUAUAUAAAAAUAAAGGUUUUUAUCUGAA